AUGCCUAUGCUUCUUAUGCUUGUGCCUAUGCCUCUAUCCCUACCGGCAGGUGUAAUAGCGUAUGGUUACCGCAACUAUUCGCCUCCUUUUAAGCGUCUUUUAGCUCAAAACAGCACUACUAUCCUCCACCGUUACCAUCAUCAGCUUCACCUGCAUCUUCGCAGCAGCAACAACAAUAUUCCAUCUCAACUUAGUUCUCUCUUCUAUUCUAAAUUUUUCCUAAGAAACCUUAAUUGCCUCCUCACGGGUAACUCUCUUUUCUUCAGGAUGGAGCGAUUCUGGUCUGGAAGUAGCAUCAAUAAAAAUAAAGCAAUGGUGGAGCAUUUGCAUCAUUAUGGAGUGAUCAGUUCCAAAAAGGUGGCUGAAGUAAUGGAAACUAUUGACAGGGCUUUAUUUGUGCCAGAUGGUACCCCGGCUUAUGUUGACAGUCCCAUGGCGAUAGGUUACAAUGCGACCAUUUCUGCACCUCAUAUGCACGCAACUUGCCUGCAGCUGUUGGAGGAGAAUUUGAAGCCUGGCAUGCAUGCCCUAGAUGUUGGUUCAGGGACUGGGUAUUUGACAGCAUGUUUUGCUCUGAUGGUUGGACCACAAGGUCGUGCUGUUGGUGUGGAACAUAUUCAAGAGCUGGCUAAUUGUUCCAUAAAGAAUAUUGAGAAAAGUGCAGCAGCUCCAUUGUUGAAAGAAGGUUUCCUCUCAAUUCAUGUCGGUGAUGGAAGACAAGGCUGGCCAGAGUUUGCUCCAUAUGAUGCCAUACAUGUUGGGGCAGCAGCACCAGAAAUUCCACAACCACUUCUUGAUCAGUUGAAACCUGGUGGCAGGAUGGUGAUUCCAGUUGGUAACAUAUUCCAGGAUUUGAAGGUGGUUGACAAGAACGAGGAUGGUUCCAUUAGCAUUCGGAGCGAAACUUCUGUUCGUUAUGUCCCUUUAACAAGUCGAGAUGCCCAAUUACGGGGUUAUUAG